ACACGAUAUUUUAGCCAUGGUAGAGUUGCAACGAAUAAAUAUAGUAAACAGCUCUGUUACGUGCUCAGUAGUACGGUACAGACUAUGUGAAGUAGCAGACGUCGUUCUGUGCCCAGUGCACGAUCGCCUGACUACUAAAUUUAUUUCUCGAAAAACGCGACCUGUAUGUAGCCGUAACUGCGCAGUAAUUGUAACUAAAUAUGAAUUAGUUUUAGUGUUACCAAAUUGUUUUCUCUACCGAAUUAAUUCAAUUUUAAUGGUCGUCAAGUAUUUUGAUGUGCAUUUGUUUUUCUAAUGAAUUCGACGGCUUUCUGUGUUUACGAUAUAAUAUCAAGUCAUCCACCAUAAACUCAGUUCAUUGUUAAUUAGCAGAAGAUCUGUUAAUAUUAUUGAUUGACUGAGGAAGGUACAAAAACUCUGAGCACAUUCAUAUUUGAUCUAGUAACUGUGUGACUUGAUUUAGCAGAUUUUUGCAUUAUUUUUAUUCACAGUCUUAUUUGAUUAAUUAAAAGUAAAAAAAAAAAAAUGUUUUCUUCAAUGUACAAAUCAUUUGUAAAUGUAUCUAAUAAACAAAAUAAGAAUAAUAGUGAAUCAAAACAAAAUUCAAUUGAACAUGCAAAGCAAAAUAUUGAUAAUGUUCUCAAGUUAUUGAAUGAAAUCGAAGAUGAUAAUUCUACUAAAAAUAUAGUUGUUUCUAAAGAAGUACCCUUGGAAAUAAAUACUAAAGAUUUAUCUGUUGGUUCUGAUUUGGUCAUUAAUAAAAAUGACUCUAAAAGUAUUAAAAAUACAAAACAAGUACCUAUUGAACAAACUACGGAAACACAAUUAUUAAACGAAAUCGAAUCUUUGCAUUGCUUAUUUACAUGGAAUUUAAAAAUGAAAAAGAAGCAAGAUAUCAUUACACAUAUUAAAAAUAAAUAUGGUAAUUACAAUUUAGACAUUUCUGUUACAGAAUUUACAUUUGUAAGGUUCAUUGGUAAUUUAAUCAUUAGCUAUGAAUUAUAUCAAAAUGGCAAAUCAAGUGAAAGUGAUACAAAAAUUUUGGAAAUUGGUAAUUGGCUUAAAAAGUUGGAUAAAGGUACUGAUGAAUUUUACUUGUCUAUUAGUGCUGCUUUGAAACACAUUCAAAUGGCAAAUUUUGUUCAUAUGUUAUUUGCUGAAAAUGGAACUGGAGGGUUUAAAUUGUUAUUUAAAGAAAUUGUUCCAUUUGACAAUAUGAAUAAUAAAUCCAAAGCCGCUUUGUUUGCUAUAAGAGCUGCUAUAUUAAUUGAAUAUGGUAAAAGUCUUGAAUGUUUUAAAAAUGCAUCUAAGUAUGCUAAAGAAGCAUGUGAAUUGGAUCCUAAAACUUCCCAUUGGUUUCAUAUUUAUUCAUUGGUGUUGACUGCUCAAAGACAGUUUGUGUACACACAUGAGUUAUAUUCUACUGAGAGACUGUUGUUACAGAAAAAUAUGUUAUGUCCUACAGACAAUGAAAUUAACUUAGCAAUUCAGCGAGCUGUUAGUUCAUCUGAUGGAAAAAAUACUUAUUCUGUUAAUUUACUAGUAUUAACUUCUUUAAAUGAAUUGUUGGCAAAUGAAUUUCAAGUGACACAAAAAGGAUUACCUGUUUUUAAAGCGGAUGAUUCAGAAUAUAUCAGUGAUAUUCAUACAGAAUCAAAUUUAAAAAAAGAUAUGAAGAUCAUAGUAAAAAAGCAUAAAAAUGGUGAAGAUGCAGUUCCUUUUCUUAUUGAUUUAUUUCCGAAAUAUAAUAAAAAUGGCAAACGGGAAAUUAUGGCUCAAAUUUGUUCGUAUACAUUAUUAUUCACAAAAAAUUUUAGAGCUGGUGUUGAACAGUUUUUUGUAUUGAUUGGAGAUCAAACAGUUUUCACUAGUGAUCUUCUUAUACAUCAUAACUCAUCAUUUAUUGGUUCAAAAACAUUUAAUUUAGCUCAACUAAUUUGGAAUGAAAUCAAAUUGAUUUCAGAAAAUAAAAGUACCACUUUUCUCAUGGAUAAUUUAUUUUACUAUACAAUAUUCUUAAAGAUUAACGAAACAUGUAACCUUAAAUUGAAAACUGUAGACCCAUUUAUGAGGUUCAAGAUUAUCAGUGAUUCAUCUGCUAUACCCAAUUGUGCAAAAACAAUGUAUAACAAUGAUUCUGAAAUAGAGCAAUAUUCCAAAUCUAGAGAUAUAUUUACUGGUUAUCUGCAACAGAUUGAUUCAACCCAGGAUACUAACAUAUAUUUCAAUCAACAUUUUAACUCUUUUCAACAAUAUCGAUGUACAAAAUCAAUACCAUCACCAAUGGAUUUUAAAUUUAACUUAAUAUUUCAAUCAACAUUUUAUACAAAUAAUAUAAAAACCAAUAUUGCUUCAAACUUAACAAACAUAGAUACCAGUUUAACCAAACUACCAAGAUGGAAAACUUCACAAGCAACUUAUAAAGCUUGUCUUCAUAAUUUAUUACAAAAUUAUCCAAAUAGUUUUAGAAUAUAUACAGAUGCAUCAAAAAUUAAUAAUAAUGUUGGCAUUGCCAUUGUAUCUAAUAAGGAUACAUAUACCUAUAAACUAUCAUCAGACUAUACAUCGUGUGAAGCUGAAGCAGUAGCUAUAUUGAGGGCACUUGAUUAUGCAUUGGGAGAAAAUUUCAAUAAUUAUAUAAUUCUUAGCGAUUCAUUAAGUACUAUAUCGUGUAUUCAAAACAUAAAUACAGCAUCUGAUGUAGUAAAUAGUAUAUUAUGCUUAAUACAUGCACAUCAAUUAAAAGGAAAUUUAAUGCAUUUAAUUUGGAUUCCAAGUCAUAAUGAUAUUGAAGGUAAUGAUAUAGCUGAUAAACUUGCAAGACAAAUUGCCACGUCAUCUAAUGCAAUCACUUAUUCGCAUAACUCUUUUAUGGCAACAAAUAUAAAAUCAAAAUUCUUAAAACCAUGAAAAAUAUACCAAGCAUUAAAUUAGAGCAAGUUACUUAUAAUUUGAAUAAUUACUAGUAUGAUUAAUAUUUGAAAAGUAUCCAACAAAAUACUUAUUCAUACAACUAUGACCAUAAAUUAAUCAAAUACAAAAAGUAAUUAUUCAAGUUAUAUAGAUUGAUUGCUUUGGCAUAUUAAUAAUGAAAAAAAAAAAUGGCUACAAAUUAUGUCUAAAAAUUUGUUAAAGAAUGAUCAUAGUUUAUUUUUCCCCAAUAUUAAAUAAUAAAAUUAAUUAUAAAGAUAUCCAGCCUAAAUACAUCACUGCAAUCUUAUUUUUUAUUUUAGAUGAAGAUUAAAUGAGAUAAAUACUCUUAUUUUUUUACACAAAAUAUGGUGUCAACUUAGACAUUCAGAACCAAAAGUUUAGGAUUUGUAUUUAUUUUAUGACCUGCUGUAUGACCCUUGUUACUUAUUGUUUUAUUGUUGAUGUAAUUAAUAAUAUGAAUUUAAGCAUAUUUAAUUAUACUUAUUAUACAAAACUUUUGAAUACCAUUAAA